AUGGUCAACAAAGAAGUUCAAGAAAAACUCAGGGCCUUUGUUGCCGAGCGAGACUGGGCACAAUUCCAUACUCCCGAAAACCUCGCCAAGAGCGUCUCUAUCGAAGCCGCCGAGCUCCUCGAGUGCUUCCAGUGGGGCGCAGAGCCUGAUUCGAAACGAGUUGCGGAGGAACUCGCAGACGUCUUGACAUACUGCUUACAUCUUGCUGACAAGAUGGGUGUCGAUCCGGAUAAGAUUGUGUUGGAUAAGCUUGAGAUUACAAAGAGGAAAUACCCUGUUGAUAAGGCCAAGGGAAGCAGUAAGAAGUAUGAUCAGCUUGAUGAUAGUAAAGCUUGA